AUGGCCACCGAGCGACGUAUAAAGUCUCUGAAACUGCGCAUCCGCAGCUUAGAGACUUCUUUCAAUCUCAUCAGAGUUUUUGUCAAUAACUAUGAUGACGAAACUCACGCCGUCGAAGUCCCAGUACGUCUAGAAAAUCUCAUCGCGCUCUGGACGGACUACUCUAAAACCCAGGCCGAACUCGAGGCCUCCGAUGUCGACGAUUUAGAAAGCAUCGAGCAGCAGUUUAAGCAACGCUCACAAUUUGAAACUGAGUACUAUCGUGUGAAGGGAUUUUUGUUGGCAGUUAAUAAAAAUGCUUCGACACCGUGCCCUCAGCCUGCUCCCUCAAAUUCGCAUUUCCCUGCUUCCUCUCAUAUUCGGCUGCCAGACGUGAAGCUUCCUGUAUUCAACGGCUCCCUAGACCAGUGGCUAAACUUUCACGACCUGUUUCUCUCUCUGGUGCACUCUUCUGGGGACUUGUCGAACAUACAAAAAUUCUACUAUUUACGAUCUUCGUUGAGUGGAGAUGCUCUCAAACUCAUACAGACUAUUGCGAUCAGUGCAAACAAUUACCCCGUAGCCUGGAACCUUCUCGUAGAGUAUUUCCAAAAUCCAUCACGCCUGAAACAAACCUACGUCGACUCUUUAUUUGAAUUUUGUCAACUCAAAAAGGAAUCAGCUUCUGACCUUCACUCUCUGGUCGAAAGGUUUGAAGCAAACGUCCGGAUUCUUAAGCAGCUGGGAGAGAAAACCGAAUAUUGGGACGUCUUGCUUAUCCGAAUGCUGAGCAUUCGCCUUGACCCAACCACCCGUAGAGAUUGGGAAGAAUUUUCAUCAUCAAAGGAGGGUGCAACAUUCCAGGAUCUUGUAAGUUUCCUUCAACGAAGAGUCACGGUCCUACAAAGUGUAUGCAACAAUCUACCAGAAGUUUCGUCAGUCAGAAAACCAGUACCACGUCCUACACUCGUCAGCCAUGGGGCUACUCAGUCCAACUUUCGCCAAUGUUUCGCCUGUUCCGACCACCAUCCGAUGUACCAAUGUCCGGUUUUUUCCAAAAUGACCUUUGAGGACAAGGAGAAGUUAGUUCGUCGCCAACAACUUUGCCGGAAUUGUCUGCGGAAGGGUCAUGUAGUUCGGAAUUGCUCAUCGAAGAACACCUGCCGGAAAUGCCGAGGGAGACACCACAGUCAGCUUUGCAGUGAAGCGCCUGCUGCUGCUGAGCGCAUCAAGCCACGAAGUGAAUCCAACGCAACGACGGACCCCAUUCCAACCAGCGAAGCUUCUUCUUCGCUAUCAGCCGCAGUGCACGCCCCAGUUACUGGUCGAAAGUUGAAUAAGGUGAUUCUCGCAACUGCAGUGAUUAAUUUAGUCGACGAUCAUGGUAAUAACCACUUGGCAAGGGCACUUCUGGAUUCAGGAAGCGAGUGCAGCUUCAUCACCGAGUCAUUCUCACAGCGACUUCAGAUUCAACGCAAAAGGGUCCAUCUCUCAAUAUCCGGCAUUGGCCAAUCAUCAACGCAAGCUCGCCUGAAACUUCGAACUACAGUACGGUCUCGAAUUUCCGGAUAUUCAACUGUCGUAGACUUGCUCGUGCUGCCUAAGCUUACGUUGAAUCUUCCCUCAACCACGAUGGACAUCUCAAAAUGGAACUUUCCUGAAGAAAUCAAGCUUGCGGACCCAGCCUUCUACCAAACUCAAGCCAUCGACGUGGUCCUGGGCGCUGAAGUGUUUUUCGACAUUUUCAAAUCUUCAGGUAGAAUCUCGCUAGGUGAAGGUUUCCCGAUGUUGGUGGAUUCGGUCUUCGGCUGGGUUGUUUCCGGGAAGGUAAUGAGGUCGAAUAAUAUCAACGCCAUUUCCUGCAAUGUCGCUACUGUUGCGGAGAUUCAUCGGUUGAUGCAACGCUUUUGGAGCAUUGAGGAGGAAAACGGGGCUGCGUGUCUGUCGGCAGAAGAAGCAGAGUGCGAGAAUCAUUUUCGUCGAACGGUACAGCGUUCUCCAGAUGGCCGGUACAUCGUACGAUUACCCUUGAAGGAGGCAGCAGUCAACAUUGGUGACAACCGCAGCACGGCAUUACGGCGAUUUUACAUGAUUGAAUCUCGUCUUCAACGCAACCAGGAGCUUCGGAUUCAAUAUCGGGACUUCAUGGCCGAAUAUGAAACCUUGGGUCAUAUGCAGCAAGUGCUAGGCGAAUCGGAAUCCAACUCUUCCCGGUACUACUUACCUCAUCACCCGGUAAUCCGAGAAACCAGCUCCACUACCAAGGUCCGCGUCGUUUUCGACGCGUCGUGCAAAUCAGCAGCGGGAAAAUCCCUGAAUGACGUGCUCAUGGUCGGCGCAGUAAUCCAGGAUGACUUAAGAGCUAUCAUUCUGAGAUCCAGGCUUCAUCAGGUGAUGCUCAUCGCAGACAUUAAACAAAUGUAUCGGCAGAUUUUGGUUGAUGACAGAGACACUCCACUCCAGCGAAUUUUUUGGCGGAAUUCUCCAGAACAUCCUAUGCAAACAUUCGAGCUCAAAACGGUAACCUACGGCACGGCCAGCGCACCAUUUCUGGCCACCAGGGUCCUCCAGCAGCUAGCAGACGACGAAGAAUCGAACUUUCCCGAAGCAGCUAAGAUCCUCAAGAGAGAUGUCUAUGUCGACGACCUAUUCACCGGUGGAAGCUCUCCAACGACAGUAGCGGAACUGCGAACUCAGCUUGACAAGUUGUGCAGAACAGGUGGAUUUGAAUUCCGGAAGUUUGCCUCCAAUGUUGAAUCGGUUCUUGACGGCGUUUCUCCUGAAAGGCGUGCUAUCCAAUCCUCGGUCGAACUUGCAGCAGACCAGUGCAUCAAAACCCUGGGCCUACACUGGGAACCAGCAGCCGACAACUUGCGGUUCCACAUUCAACUACCAAAGCAACCUCCAGACACCCUCAUGACCAAACGAAUUGCUCUUUCGCAAAUUGCCCAGCUUUUUGAUCCCUUAGGAUUGGUUGGACCAGUCAUCGUAACUGCCAAGAUAUUCAUGCAGACACUGUGGGGCCUUACAUCUGACGAAGACAAACCUUGGGGCUGGGAUCAACCGCUGCCAGAUUCUCUCUCCAAUUAUUGGAUCAAGUAUUACUCUCAGCUGCCCCUGCUUGAGCAACUGAGAAUCCCUCGAUGUGUUGUGUUGGCUGAGCCAAGUACCAUUGAAUUGCACCUUUUUUCGGACGCAUCGGAGCAAGCUUAUGGCGCCUGUGCGUAUCUGCGAUCGACCGACGCGUCUGGUAAUGUUUUGGUAUCCUUAUUGACGGCAAAAUCGAAGGUUUCACCCUUGAAAAAGCGCAGCAUUCCUCGGCUCGAACUCUGUGGAGCACUAGAAUCGGCUCAACUUUACCAAAAGAUCUGCUCCGCCUUUGAAUCGAAAUUCACAACAUUUUUCUGGGUCGACUCAACUACAGUUCUAGCCUGGCUGAAGGCCAGCCCAUCAGUGUGGACUACAUUCGUCGCUAACCGAGUGUCCAAAAUCCAGCUGGCAACGGUGGGCACUUCUUGGAACCAUGUGGCAGGGCAGCAGAACCCUGCAGACCACAUCUCAAGAGGCAUCGACGCUGAAACUAUUCUCGCGUGUGACCUUUGGUGGAAAGGUCCACAGUGGUUGCAAACCGAACAAUCCUCCUGGCCUGUCAAACAGCAAAAUCAAUCGUUCGAAACGCAGUUGGAAUCUCGAUCAACCCCGAUUCAACUUUUGACAUCAACAGCUGAUCCUUCAUUCAUUGAUCUGUUCGUCGAACGAUUCUCAUCGUUCCAACACAUGCUACGGGUAACGGCAUUCUGUUUCCGGUAUAUUUCAAACUGUCGGACCAAAAGGACGAAGCAGCAGAAGUUGUUUGGCACUUUUUCAAAGACGGAAAUUCAAAAUGCAGAAUCAGCGCUCAUUCGUCUUGUUCAACUUCAGGAAUUCCCCAACGAAACAAGUGCUCUACGUGACUCAAAGUCCAUUCCCGUUAAAUCCCGACUCCGGUGGUUUACUCCUUUCCUAGAUCAAGAUGGAGUCAUGCGUGUGGGUGGCAGACUUGAUCGAGCAUCCUUGACAUACGACAGUAGGCACCAAAUCCUCCUCCCGUAUCACCAUCGUUUUUCUGCUUUACUUGUCCAAUGCUAUCAUCAACGAAAUCUUCAUGCGUCACCACAAUUACUCAUCGGACUACUUCGCCUUCGCUAUUGGAUAAUAGGGGCCAGAAAUCUGGCCAAAGUAGUCGUACAUCGCUGCACCAUUUGCUUCCGAGCUCGGCCAAAAUUGGUUGAGCAAUUUAUGGCUGAGCUGCCCAAGGAACGAAUCACAGCCACUCGUCCCUUCACGGUGACGGGGGUUGACUAUUGGGGCCCAAUUAUGCUGAAACAUCCGCAUCGUCGAGCAGCACCCACAAAGGCAUUUGUUGCAGUUUUUAUUUGCUUCUGCACCAAGGCUGUACACAUCGAAUUAGUAUUCGAUUUGACAACAGCCAAGUUUAUACAAGCAUUGCGACGCUUUGUAUCUCGCCGAGGCCCUCCGUCGGACAUCUACUCCGAUAACGGACGGAACUUUCUCGGGGCUAAAAACGAGCUCAAACGACUCAUCCGCCAGACUGAACAUGCGCAGAAGGUUGAACAGGAGUGCGCUGAUUGCCACAUUAGAUGGCACUUCAAUCCGCCCAGAGCAUCCCACUUUGGCGGGCUGUGGGAAUCGGCCAUCAAUUCCGCCCAGAAACACUUUGUCCGCGUCGUACGUGACCAUUCAUUGCUCUUCGAUGACAUGCAGACACUCUUGAAUCAAAUCGAAUGCUGCCUUAACUCCCGGCCUCUUGUUCCCGUAAGCGAUGAUCCGACUGACUUCGAGCCACUCACGCCCGGACAUUUCCUCGUUGGGACUUCAUUAAAGGCUGUUCCCGACGAAGAUCUGAGCGAAAUACCAUUUAAUCAUCUGAGGAAGUGGCAGCAAGUACAAAAAUUGUUCCAGGAUCUGUGGCGAAGAUGGCACCUGGAAUAUUUAACGAAAUUACAACCACGAAGCAAAUGGGUGCACUCACCUGUAACUAUUAAAGAAAACCAGCUGGUUCUCUUGAAGGAGGAAAACAUCCCACCAAUGCGUUGGCCGACAGCAAGAGUGAUCCAGACACAUCCUGGCGAAGACGGAAUCAUCCGAGUGGUGACUUUGAGAACGCCGAAGGGCUCCUGUACAAGACCGGUGUCAAAAAUCUGCCUGCUGCCGAUUGCAUCAUCGUCGGAGGAAUCAAGUAAAACAACCGGCGAUGAACAACCAACAUCAGACAAGAUUUCCUCUUGA